AUGCAGUGGUACUUUGUUGCCGCGCUGCUCACCGUCCUCACCAGCUCUCAGGGAAUCUUGACAACCCUUUCUCAAAGCAAUGGAAAAUAUAAGUAUGACUAUGCAACUGUUCCGUUUCUUGCUGAAGUAUUCAAGCUAGCAGUAUCCAGUUUACUUCUUUGGAGAGAGUGUCGGAUAUCACCUUCUGUACGAAUGACGACAGAUUGGAAGAGUGUGCGCUUAUAUCCUAUUCCUUCAAUCAUAUAUCUAAUUCAUAACAAUGUUCAGUUUGCUACUCUUGGUUAUGUGGAUACUUCCACAUAUCAGAUAAUGGGUAAUCUAAAGAUUGUUACUACUGGCGUAUUGUUCAGGCUAUUCCUGAGAAGAAAGCUGUCUAAUCUGCAAUGGAUAGCAAUUGUUUUAUUAGCUGUUGGAACAACCACAAGCCAGGUUAAAGGUUGUGGAGAAGCGUCGUGUGAUUCUAUGUUCUCAGCACCAAUCCAAGGAUAUAUGCUGGGUAUCCUAUCCGCUUGUAUGUCAGCAUUAGCAGGUGUUUACACAGAGUUUCUGAUGAAGAAGAACAAUGAUAGCUUGUACUGGCAGAAUGUACAAUUGUAUACGUUUGGUGUCAUUUUCAACAUAGCACGGCUUCUCUUCGAUGAUUUCAGGGGUGGAUUUGAGAAUGGACCUUGGUGGCAACGCCUUUUCAAUGGAUAUAAUCUUACAACUUGGUUGGUAGUGUUAAAUCUUGGAUCUACUGGCUUACUUGUUUCAUGGUUGAUGAAGUAUGCUGACAAUAUUGUGAAGGUUUAUUCCACCUCAAUGGCAAUGCUGCUGACAAUGGUUUUAUCUGUGUACCUUUUCACUUUCAAGCCCACAUUGCAGCUUUUCUUGGGUAUUAUUAUCUGUAUGAUGUCACUACACAUGUAUUUUGCCCCUCCGAACAUGCUGAUAGACUUACCAUUACCUGUAAAAGCAACCACUGAGAGUCUGGAAGAAGUUUCUGUUGAACGAAAAUCAGAUUCAUGA